CCUCCACACAGGAAACACAUUCAAUGCGUGUGGAGACUCCUUCCAUACACAAAUUACUUAUUCAAAGGAAAACUUGUAUUUACGAAGGCUAAGAGUGUAAUUUGUCAAUACGUGCCAUUUCUUCCGGCACAGCUCGAGCACGCUUGCCGAUAAAUCAAGUCGUUAAUUUUUUGCACGAAAUGACAUAAUUUUCACGAGGAAUUAUAAUAAUCGUUUGUCGAGUUUCAUGCCUUUGAUGGUAGGAAGUACGGGUCAAUACGACGAUGAAAACGAUUAUCUGUAUUGGCCUAGUGAUCUUUAAUUAUUUUGUUAUCACAGAAUGUAUUGUGUUCAUUAAUUUAGGAAGUCAAGACUUGAGAGUUACACAAGGAAAUAGACUUUUGUUGUACUGCCGAGCACCUGAAAUAAACACAUUAAAAGUUUUUUUGGGAAGGCAAGGUAACGUUCAUUUAUCGUUAAGUGACACAACAUGGAGUCGGUUUAUGUUCAUGUGGAAUGGAAUAAAUAAAGGAUUUGGACUGAUACCUACGUCUAGACGCGAAACACAAUGUCAAUAUUUGGUGAGGUUUAUUCGAUCCAUUGUAGGAACAAAUUCAGUGACGGUGUUGUCGGCACCAAACGCUGGUUCUCCUUCAUGUACGAUGGAUACACCAAAAUCACAUGUUCAUGUUGGACAGACAAUAGAGUUAACAUGUACUUCACAUGGUGGAAAUCCACCCGCUGAACUUCAAUGGUUUUCCAGAGGCCGUCCGUUGACGUCGAUAGCAAUCAGAAAAACUACUAUAACACAUCUACUAGAUGAAAAUGACAAUGGAGUCAUCUUCACGUGUUCUGCACGAAGCCCUGCGAUGGACCGUCCUCGCAGCUGCAGCCUACAGCCACUCCACAUACAACCUACAGUUCAGGUUACACCUGUAACAAACUUAGUACAAGUCGAGGAAAGUGCCAUGUUUAGGUGCAAGGGUGACGGUGUCCCGGGGAUCGGAAGUUAUCAGUGGUAUUUUGGUGAUCAGUUGAUAACAACCACGACUGGUAGAAUCAGACGGCUAGGUCGGGAGCUGCACAUAGACGAGGUGUUAUGGCGGGACCAUAACAUUAUUGUUCGCUGCGUAGUAGCAACAAUAAACGGGCUGAAGGCUAACGCUUCAGGAGUCAUAAGAGUAGUGUAUGAUCUUGAACCAACAGCACUCCAUGCCCAACCUAAUGAAGGAGACGGAUAUUUCUUUCCACCAAUGCGCACCGACCGUCCGAGUACAAAGUCGGUUAAUAAUCUCGUAGUACUUAUUGGGCUUGGAAUCGCUGGACUAUUGUUUGGUGCAGGUACGAUUAUGACCUAUAUAGUCUAUGUUAAAAUAUCAAACAACCGAAAUAAGAAACGGUUAGAAUCCUCACGUUUUAGAGGAGGUCGCUUUGACAAGCAAGCACAAACAAGUGCUCGACACCACAAAACAAAAUCAGUUGUUAGCAUCUCAUCUAAGACAGAUGACGUCAGCAAGGUACAGUGUGCUGUAAAAACAACAAAGAAAGAGUCGAGGUCACAGAGUUUUACCUCUUGUCGCCUUGAAAGAGUUCCGAGUGAGGCCUACAAAAAGAACAAUGAUCUAUCAGCAAUAAGUGAAGAACCAACUUUGUCUUAUGAACCAAUAAACCACCCGGAUGACGCCGAAAGCGAUUACUACGACUUUUCUGGCGAGUAUUUUCCAGGCAUUGAUUAUGAUGACGUGUCACUGAACUCACAGCAUAGUCACACUGGGACCAAUGAUGAUAUGGAUGGGUUCUACGAACCAUUAAGACCGUCAUCCGAUCUACUUGACGAUAAAGAUAUCGCAGCUAUAAUUGAAGCAGCCAUGCGACGAACAUCCCUGACGAGGAACGGCGACAUUUUCUAUGCCGGUUCCAAAAGUUGGGCAUUAUGAUGGAGAAUUAUAGUUUGAAACUUAAAAUGAGCUGACAUGAAGUAUUCCUUGACUAUUGUGCGAGAAAGUAUAAAGCAUGAUAUAAAAUGUUAUUAAAAUGUUUCCCUGACCAAGGAUUUGAACUGUAAUGUGACAUGAGAAUCAAAAUAAGCAUUGUUUCCAUACAAUCGCUACAUGCUAUCGCCGACAGCUUUCGGUGAUACUGGUUGGUAGGUCGAAUCAGGGAGCCUUUCCGAUUGCGUCGGGAACUGACUACGCAGUACAACGAUUGCACUGAAAACACUGUAGCAACUGUCUAGCGAUUGUAUGGAAACCAAGAUACGCACCAGUUUUAAAAUCAAUUUUCAUAAUCCAGCAACAUAGGAAAAUCGAUCUUUUACCAACUUUUGUUUCGAUAGGCAAUUUUUACGCCCACAUUCCUUUAAUGCCAAACUGUGUAAAAUAGACGAGAAAUAUAAUAAACAGUAUGAGAUAUUACCGACAGACUGCACGCUGGGGAAAGGGUUAAGUUAUAAGUAAGGACGCAAUAACACACAAUCUCUUUCCUCUAGUUAGGUCGCUAGGGGUUCACAGUACUCGUACUAAAACCGUAAUCUAGGAAAUUAAGAUACUUUCAUGGUGUUGUAAAAAUUUAAAACAGUAACUGUCGGUCUAAUUAUAUUUUGGAUAUUAUUAUCCGUCAAGUUCAGAACUGAACACUUAACAGGAAGUAAGGUCUUUGCAAAAAUAUUUUCAGGUGAUAGUGAGACUGUCUGCUUUCGCAUUUAAUGUAGGCGUAAUAAAUAUUCUUUGAUUCGUAUAGUCGUUUGCAUUAUACAUAUUAGAUAAUAUAGUAAUUAUUUGUUACUCUAUCAUUCAGCUAAGAUUGUACAAUAAUAUUCGUUAUACAAGCAGUGCUUGUUAUUACGUGGUGCAGGCACUAUGUUUUACAUUACGCCAUCCUUAACGUUGUAAAAACAUUUGAAAUUAAAUAAUAUAAAAAUAGA